GAUUCAAACAUGCCGCCUUUGGGUUGCCAGACGUUUGCGUUUUAUAUGCCCACCCAUCCUCCCGGACCAAUCAUCCUCCUUUAGUUUUUGCCUGAAGUAACCUAUUUUAUGUAACCAUACCAAACCUAACAUAUCAUAGUAAUUUGAGUGUAGCGGAUUUACAUUUUACUAUGUUAUGUCUAGUCUAUGAGACCAGGUUGAAUGAAAAUAAGGGGUUUUGAUUGUUUGGAUAUGGCUAUCUUGUUGUGUGUUUGUGAUGAUGGAUCAUUAGACAAGUAAGCAGGAAUGAAGUAGCCCUCUACAGCUGCUUUUAAUCUGAUGGAAGGAUAUAGUAGUAGCAGUGUUUUCUGACCUGCUUCCUCUGAAGUCUGGGGCGGCAGGUAGGCUAGUGGUUAGAGUGUUGGACUAGUAAACUGAAAGGUUGCUCGGUCGAAUCAUCGAGCUGACAAGUCAUCAGAAGAGGACUGAAGACUCAUGGAGACACCCCCACUACGAUACAAAACUGAAUCCCUACACAAGAGCCAGGAUGAGUGAGGCGUGGCAGCAGCAUGCUGUUGCUCCCCCUCCAGUGGUGCACACCAUACCACCGGGGGCGGAGAAUGCGUUGGGCUGCGCCGUCUAUGGUAUUGUCCUGCAGCCUGACCCCACUCUGCAGCAGUCGCAGCAGCAGCACCAGCAUGGCCAGCAGCACAGCCAGCAGCACAGCCAGCAGCAACACCCUACCCAGGUACAGCAGCCCUCUCUGCAGGUAGGGGGCGAGGGCGGUCACAAGUGUGGAGCAUGCGGCCACGACAUCUCCCACCUGGCCAACCCACAUGAGCACCAGUGUAUGGUGAGCCAGGACCGCUCCUUCCAAUGCACCCAGUGCAUGAAGAUCUUCCACCAGGCCACUGAUCUGCUGGAGCACCAGUGUGUGCAGGUGGAGCAGAAGCCCUUUGUGUGUGGUGUGUGUAAGAUGGGCUUCUCCCUGCUCACCUCGCUGGCACAGCACCACACCUCGCACAACAGCACCAACCCCAUGAAAUGCUCCAUCUGUGAGAAGACUUACCGACCGGGCUCCUCUGGGAACACCACACCUUCCUCCUCUGCCACCAACCCUCAGCAGCCAUCUGCUGAUGGAGCCUCUUCCAGUGGGAGUGUGGCAGUGGGAUCCUCUUCCUCAAUUACAUUUCCAUCGGCCCGUGACAGGCCCUACAAGUGUUCCGUCUGUCAGAAGGGUUUCAGGCACCUGUCAGAGCUGGCCCGCCACGAGCGUGUGCACACUGGAGAGAAGCCUUUCAAGUGUGACACGUGUGACAAGAGCUUCAGCCAGUCCUCUCACCUGGCCCAUCACCAGCGCACCCACAGCUCUGAGCGCCCAUACAAAUGUGCUGUGUGUGACAAGAGCUUCAAGCACCGCUCCCACCUGGUGCGCCACAUGUAUGCCCAUUCCGGAGAGCAUCUGUUUAAGUGCAACCUGUGUGAACUGCACUUCAAGGAGUCUUCGGAACUGCUGCAUCAUCCAUGCCACCCACAAGGGGCACGCCCCUUCCGCUGUGCAACCUGUGGAAAGGGCUUCAAGCGUCCAUCAGACCUGCGGCAGCAUGAGCGCACUCACUCUGAGGAGCGUCCCUUCCACUGUGAGGAGUGCCAGAUGAGUUUCAAACAGCAGUAUGCCCUGGUGCGCCAUAGGCGCACGCACAAAAACCCAUCUGACCGCCCCUUCAAGUGCAACCUUUGUGACAAAGGCUUCUUGCAGCCAUCGCAUCUGCUGUACCACCAGCACGUCCACGGCAUGGAGAACCUGUUCAAGUGUGCAUCCUGCCAGAAGGAAUUCAGUCAGUCAGGAGAGCUGCUGCGCCACAAAUGCGGUGAGUCGUCCUCUUCAUCUAGGGAGACAGACAAGCCUUACAAAUGUGACGUGUGCGGCAAGGGAUACAAGAAGAGUUCGACACUGCAGCGACAUCAGAACUCGCACUGUCAAGAGAAGCCCCUAAAGUGCUCCCUAUGUGACCGCCGCUUCCUGUCAUCCUCAGAGUUUGUGCAGCACCGCUGCGACCCAUCCAGAGAGAAGCCCUUAAAGUGUCCCGAAUGCGAGAAGCGCUUCAAGUACUCGUCUGACCUGAAUAGGCACAAGCGUGUCCACACCGGGGAGAAGCCCUAUAAGUGUGCUAGCUGUGAUAAAGGCUUCAAGCAACGGGAGCACCUGGCCAAGCAUCAGAGUGUGCAUUCCAGAGAUGCCCAGUUCAAGUGUGUUUGGUGUGGAGAGCGCUUUGGAGACCUGGGAGCUUUGCAGGAGCACACAGUCCAGCACACAGCUGAAGGAGGGGGUUACCCUGUGCCACCUUGCAUAUAGUCACGCCCCUCCGCUCUGUACAAGUUCAUAGCAAACGUCCCUGUCUACCAUUAAUUUGCAGCACCCAGCUUAACACACUUGAACUGGGCAUCUCUGGAGUGCACACUCUGGUGCUUUCCAGAGAUACCCAGUUCAAAUGCUUUGGAGACCUGGGAGCCUUGCAGGAGCACACAGUCCAGCACAAAUCUAAAGGGAGGGUUACCCGAUGGUAGGUUACUCUGUGCCACUUCUUAUCGAGUCCAUAGCGAAUGUCCCUGCCUACUCUUAAUUUGUCCCCAGCAUAUACAAUCCAUACCCUCACUUCCCAUCUGAAAACUGAUACCAGUCCACUUCCCCACCCUAAGAAACCCAUACAAUUUAUAAUUGUUAAAAACAAAAAAUAGAAGUCACUGCCAAGUGUCACUGCUUUAGGGCUACUGUCUGAAGGACAGAGGAGACACCAACAAGGAUAUGUCUUUCACUUCAAACACUAGGGUGGAUGUUCUAGCCCAGGUCAUUUACUCUUAUCUAUCCUUACCUUCUUGAAUCAACUUCCUUGCAAGUGGGGAAAAAAAUAAAUGUAAAUCACCACAUUCGCCUACAUUUCUGUCUAUGAAAAGCUUUGCAUUUGUACAUAAAUUACCUUGUAGAUUAAAAAGAAAAAAGGCGAUGUGGACCAGUUCCCCUUGUGAUGACCUGCUUGACUGGUGUGUUGCACCAUGACCCAGAACUAUUCUCUUGCCAACAGUGGUUGUCACUCUAGAAUGCAUCUACAGAGAUCCUGCAUGCAUUAAUUUUCCAUUCUCUUACCCAGGAUACUCAAGACUUUUAUGAUUGCUAAGUUUCAGCAGCUGCUACAGUCUACUGAUGGCCUCUUGCUUUAAAAAAAAUUGGAAUCAAUGAUGCUGUAUCAACUCUGAUAUAAAUUGUUUUGUUUGGUGGGUGGAGGGUUGAAAUGAUUGUGUAUUGGUUACUUUUCCACAACCUAAUCACUGUAGUAGCAGUGUAUGUAUAUCAGGAAAUGGAACCGGUUCAGGGAACAGAACCAGAAAUAUCACUAAAACAAAAAUGAUGAUCAGAACUGGGAACGGAAGUGAUCUAUACUGUUCUGGAACAGAACCGUUAUUUUAAAAGCACGGGAACCGGUUAAUAAUGUUAUUUUACAUUCCAGGUAUUUUUUUACAGUCCCACAAACGCAACAAUGCGCCUAUGCAAAGCCCUCACUCUGUCACUCAGAAAAUCUUUGUGCGUGUAGUUUACCCGUCCCUCCCCCUCCGAAGCACUGUAGCCUACUGACGUUACAUGCGUGAUUCAGAAAUGUAGAGAUUUUUUAUUAGAGAAGAAUGGAUUAACUUUAUCAAUGCUGGUUAACUAUGGUAUCCUUAUCACGUUUCUCAUAGGAUUUAUUAACUACAAAAAGGUAAGAUGUUUUUUAUUUGAAUUCUGAUGCCGCACUGCACACACAAGUUUGUUAGCUAGCUCUCGUCCAACUUUAAGCCAACUCUUUUCAAGUUCAAAGACAUUCAAAGUUCCUUCAUAUAAGCCGCUCCUCCGUAGGUAUAAUUCUGUGGGCCUAGUUCAGAUAAUGCAUGUCAUCACAAGAUGCCCAGCACUUCAAGCCUCCUCCUCCAACCUCUCGAUCUUUCCCCACCUGGAAAAUGUCAAUCGCAUCUCGCGCCCUACACUUGUUUACACAUGCAGUAGAUGUCAGACAACUAUUGCUUGCCCGUGCCAUAGCAAGCUGCUCUAUCCUCACUGAUUGGUGAAGUCAUUUAAUGUUGAGCUAAAUGUAGCGGUUUAAAAAGGAAUGAUAUAAAUCAUUACUUUCUUGGGUCGAACCGGUUCAGAACAUUAAUUUGGCUGGUGGGAACAGUGCAACAUAAUGUAAAAAAUAAUGGUUCUGUUCUUCAGAACGAAACAAUUGGAAAAUAAUUUUGGUUCCAACCUCUGACGCAUAUACAAUAAAAUCAUACACCUCUACUCUUUGCUUAAAUAUUUUUAUGAUUUUUUUUUAUGUACACGAAUCAACUCCAACUAGAAGUGGUUUAUUUUUUAAUUGUUUUUGUGCUAUUGUGAAAUAUUACAAAAGUUUGUGACUGUAUGUGGACGUAUAUGUGGCCAUCAUUGUGGCAACUAUAGUUUGUACCAAAACACCAUUGUACUGCAGCAAAUCCCAAAGGUGUGGAGAUUAACAAGCUGAAGUAUCAAGACAUCUCACUGGUAUAUAGAAAUAUAUAUUUCACACAUAUACAGUUCAUAUUCCUACAGAGAUCAGUGAAGAGUAUCUGUGCUGAAAAUGUCUAAAACCUGAUCAAGCUUCCUCUUACAGUACAAUAUGUAUGUGAGUAUGUUUACCAGUUUGGUUACAGAAGUUGCAUAACUAUUGUUUCUAAAACUGCAUUGGCUGUUUUGUAUGUUACAACUUUUUAUCAUAUGAGGACUUGAAUUGUUUUUCAUAUUUUCAAGUCAUUGUUAUGAUAGUGCUAUAUGUUGCAAGUUUCCAAGGAGAACAUUCUGUCUCUAAGCCCUACAAGGAUUCUGACCCCUGGUGCUCCUUUGUGUUUAUUUGAUGAAUGAUUGUUGAAUCAUGUCUGUGAAAAUGGAAUCCUGGCUGUGAAGUGGAUUGUAUAAAACAUACAUCUGGUGUAGAAUUUUGUCAGGUCUGUAUAGUUUAACCCCAGUUAUGUCAAACUUAUCUGCAGUAGAUUUGUGCAGAUCAUUUUAACUUCUGGAUUUUAUAGCCUUUUUUUUAAAUUUUUAUAGCAUCCUUACCAAAAUGGGCUGCUUAAGCUUGAUUGCAAAAGUUAUGGAUUGACUCUUUAUAGUCUGUAAGUGGUAAGACGACUAAUAAGGCAAAAAUCUGUGUCAACUUUGAGGGCAAAUCAAUGUGGCUCAGUGUUUUUUUAGUGUGUGUGGGUGGGGGGGCUUUUUUUCAAAGGAAGUAUUUCAAGGGGAUGUAUUUGGUUGUGGUUUGAGUGCAGUAUUGAAAAACUAUUUUAUGAUAAGGUAAUGCUAACUUUGAGGAAGGUUAUUUAUAAUCAGUUUCAGUAGACUGUUAAACUGGGGUCAGGGUUAUUUAGAAACCACCCAUUCUACUCCAGAACUGACUGCCUCAAUGUUGUUGCUCUAUUUCUUGUACUGUGCUGUGUUUUUUGUUUCCUCCAUCGUCACCUGAGGUGGGCUAACAGUUUGUCAUUUGUCUGUCGUCAUUCGUCUUUCAUCUGACAUUAAGACCACAUCAAAAAGCAGUUGCGACUUGAAUUAAAAAGAAAAGUACUGUGUAAGUUUAGUUUAUAUACAUUUAAAAAAAUGUUUUUUAAUCUAUAUGAAUAUUUCCAUUCUUGGGAGGAGGUAACAGGGUCUUUUAGGAUGUAAUGGGAGGAGAUGUUUGAUUGAUGGAAGGGUCAUUAGGACUGUGAUUGACAUGACUUUUCAUCCGGUGUAGUGUAUAACAGUUAGCCCCAAUUGACCCUGCUUUCUCUGUUCUGUGCAUGCCUGCUGUGUUAGUUCCUGUAAUCUUCCCUAGGUAUUAGUGUUUCAGAUGGCACUUAUUCCACAUAGCUUUUUUCAAAUUGUUAUGUGAAAAAAAUAUUUGUGACAAUGUACAGUAUGUGUACAUUCAUGCUAAAAUAUCUGUAUGUAGCAUUCAUUACACACAGCACUAACAAAUAAACUUUUUAUAAAGGG